UUUUAUUACGCUCAAUGAAAACUAGCAGUAAAGCAGACUUUUAAUCUUAAAGUGACCGUGAGCUCUUCUAUAUGAAGUAGGAAGAGCUCACGCUCAGUACUUGGCGAUUGAUCCAGGAAUUGAAGUGAACCUGCAACAUCAAUAAUCCAUUUCCACUAUGAUUUCGCGCCGAGUACUUGGCUGUGCGAUUUUGAUCGUAUUGUCGCAAUAUGUUGACGCGGCGAGUCGGGACUUGGAGCCCAUUCUAGCCUCCUUGAAACGCCUCGAGGAGACGGUUGCUAAGACAGAACAAAGUUCGAUGAGCUGUCUGGUCCCCUUCAAUAAAAUAUAUAAUUUUGUUCAAGAACAACAAAAUCAGAAUGAAAGCCCCGAGACAUCUCUAAGUCAUAAACUGGAUAGUGUUCUCCAAUCUCCGAAGAAUCAAAAGAAAAAUAGGAGGAGUGAUAAUAUAAAUGCGAAUGUUAACGAGAACGUGAAUGCAAACUUCAACACCAAUCGAUACCAUAGACGUUCUCUUAUUGGUGAUCCACGUUUUUUCGAUGCCAAUCAAAAUCUGAACAGUAACGUUAACUUCAAUAGCAACACGAACAAAAAUCUUUUCGACUACAGCGACGAAGAGUAGCUUAAAUACAGAUAAGUCUCAAUGCUGUAGGAUCGCUAGACAUAUUCAACCCUCAAUACCUACAUUUUAAAAAAAGUCCUUUCUGUUCACACUUGGAUAUUUCUGAUCCGGCGUUUUUUAGCUUAUACUUUGGAUUAUAAUGCAUCAAUUUCAAUUAAUUUUCUUUAAAUCGAUUGUUUAGAGAUUGAAAAACAAAUUUUCCGAUAAAAAUCGGAAAAAUUAUAAGAUAAAAAAUAUUUUGUAACAAGUAAAAAUUGUUAUAAAUAAAAACAAAACUUUUUAAAAAUUAGUUCGGGUUGAGCUGACCCAGUGUGGCCGCUAAAAGUUAAAAAUUGUAACACUUUAUUGUAAUUUAUCCAAAAUUAUCUAUUGCAAUAAUAAAAUACUACACAGAACCAAAC